AUGCAGUUGACCAACGCACUCUGCGUGCUCAUCCUCGCGGUCACUGUAUCCUCUACCGCCCUUCCUAACGCUCAACCAGCCGCUGCUGCCAUUGUAGAACCCCGUUGUGGAGCUCGCGGACAGCCCUGUGGCAAGGCCAAGCGUGAGGCAGCGCCAGAACCAGCUCCAAGAUGUGGAGCUCGCGGACAACCCUGUGGCAAGGCCAAGCGUGAGGCAGCACCGGAACCAGAAGCGGCCCCAAGAUGUGGAGCUCGAGGGCAGCCUUGCGGUAAAGCAAAGCGCGAAGCUGAAGCUGCUCCAAGAUGUGGAGCUCGAGGACAACCUUGCGGCAAAGUCAAGCGUGCUGCUGAGGCAUUCGCCGAAGCUAUUGCUGAACCCACUGCUGAGCCGCAAGAGGACAGUGUCUACGCUAGACAUGCCCUACAACUCACUCGAGACCUCGCCUCCGUUGUCGCCGAGACUCAAGAUGAUGCCGAAGCAUUCUGGACCACCCUCAGCCUCCCAGAAGACGGCGAAUCCGAGGUCGACAAACGAGACGCUCUUGCGCGAUGUGGAGCAAGAGGUCAACCCUGUGGAAAGGCCAAGCGUGAUGCUGAGGCCGAAGCCGACCCAGAGGCCGAAGCACGAUGCGGAGCCCGCGGCCAACCCUGUGGCAAGCUUAGACGUGCUGCCGAAGCAAUUGCCGAAGCUGUCGCAGUCUCAGAGCCAGAGGCCAGAUGCGGAGCGAGAGGACAACCUUGUGGCAAGGCCAAGAGAGAUGCUCUUGCCUUGGCCCACGCAGCAGACAUCGUUCUCUCAGCUCUCUAA